AUGUCCGCAGCAGCAGAAGACCAGGGAGGAGAUCUGGCCUCACCAAGAAUCUCUUGCUACCAAGCUCUAUGGCAACAAGGAGGACCUAGAGAGGACGAUGGUCUUCAUCGCACGAUCAAAUUUAGAAGUGUAAUUAACGUUUAUCACCCACCUUGUGAACGUAUAGCGGUGUCGUACAAAUACGGUACGCACCACGAGGGUCGUACCGGAUUGUGCCUUAUAUGCAUUCCAAUGGCGGUAGGCCAGGCCGUGUACAAAGUGUGGAUCUAUGGAGAGUUUAUGUGUAAAAUUACAGCAUUUUUACAAGGUGUGAGCGUGUGUGCGAGUAUCCUGACCAUCACGGUGCUGAGUAUGGACCGCCUUCUCGCCAUCAGACACCCGAUGGUCUUCAAGCGAGUCAGCAACUGCAAGAUGGCCGGCAAGACCAUCGUCCUCAUAUGGAUCAUCUCCGUGGGAGUCAUGGCGCCGCUUCUCGCCUUCAGGAAGACGGAGGAGGAGCAGCUCCCGGGGGAGUCGUUCCAGUUCUGCCACGAGUCGUGGCCCGAGGACUACCACAGGCAGAUCUACGACUCGUGCCUCUUCGUCAUAGUGUACAUCAUCCCCGGAGUCGUCAUCGGCGUCAGCUACGGCUUGAUAGGCAAGCAGCUGUGGACGGAGGACGAGGACCUAAAACGUGGGGAGUCUCAGAUAAGCAGAGGGAUGUCGCAGAAGAUAAUGAGAGGACGCAAACACGUGGCCAAGAUGUUGAUGGCUCUGGCGUUGGUGUUUGCAGUGUGCUGGCUGCCCUAUUACAUUGUCAGUCUGUACCUGGAUUUUCAGGAGGAGAGUAAAAUAAAGGAUUUCCUUGUCAUCCUGCCUUUCACGAUAUUGCUGGGACACGUCAACAGUGCAUUAAAUCCCAUUUUAUAUUUCUAUACCAGUAAAUGUUUCCGGAGAUAUCUGUUGAAGCUAGUGAGCUGCAAAAGGGAGAGUUCGAGACAUGGAAGCCCAGUAGACGUGGUGGUCAACGUAUGUAACAGCGACAACACGCUGAAGUCGAGGGCGGUGAAGAAAACCCUCGUCCAUCUCGUGUCCCCCACCCCCAGCUCGUGCACGCGCACCUACAGUCUGCCCUUCUCUCGCCUGAACAGCCUCAAGUCAAACGCAGACUCUAACUCCUCCAUCAAACGCCAGCAUUACAGAGACUUUUCCAAACCCGCAGACCUGCCCACCAUUCUCCUGCACACGACGGAGAACCAGGUGGUCGCCCGGAACGGUCUGGACUCGAACAAGCCGCACGAUCCCAGUCAUCAAAGAGAGAUAAUGGCUUCCACGUUAAGUAUUCCGACCACUAUUCAGGAGGAGAGUUCUAGGUCCCGACCAUCCAGUCCAGGUUCGCUCAGCCACUACUCCGUGAUUAGAGAGGAAUCCACCAUCAGACCGGAAAUGAUUUCUGAAGUCCGUGUUAAAAGUAGCGAGCCAGACUGA